CAUCACAUCAACAAUAAUAACAACAACAACAAUCGCGAGAACCACCACCGCGGCAGUAACGCAAGUGAGGAGCGCGUGCCACAGCCGCACUCACCCCAAGACAGUCACGCCCAUCCGCACAACGGUGGGCUGCAGCAUUCGGGAUCGCGGGCGACACUGCGCCACUCGAUGAACCACUCGAGCAGCUCCACAGUCUCGGGCUCCGCCUGCAGCUCCACGCCCGCCUCCCCGCAACUGAGUGGAGUGGUCAGUGCCUCUGGCUGCCAGCUGCUGUCCAAUGGACACCACUAUCAAUCUCAGUCAUCGGUGAGCUCCAAUUCAUCGAUCGUUUCGGCCAUUCCCGCCUCGCAGAGAUUGCUGGAGGAGACGUUGGCCAAACCGGCACCGUAUCCCAUGAUCCAGCUGCCCCUGCACGGAGGCUAUUGGAUGGAUGGCACUGAGCAUGAGUGCGGCUAUGAUGCCAGGGGUAAUCCUGUGCUGCCACAGACAACCUGGAUGGCUAAGUUCGAAACGGACGAUACGGCCAAGUGCUACAGGAGAUUCUAUGCCGCCAGGGAGCAUUCGAAUUUGAUAGGGCAGGAUGAGCAGUUGGGCCCGAUUCUAAUCUCUAUCAAGUCGGAGAAUGUGGCCAACCAGGAGCACAUGAGAAUCCUGAUGAGAUUGAGAACUGGCACAAUGCACGAGCUUCUGCCAGUUUCAUGUCUGCUACCACAGCCAAGUCCGGCAAAAAUGGCCCAAACUCUGAAUGAAAAUAUAACGGUGGAGCACUUCAUGCCCAUCCUGUGCCCCAAGGCAUCGACACUCAUCAGCGUUUACGACGAGCAUGUCCUCGUUUCGCACUUCAAGUUCGGAGUGCUCUACCAAAGAUAUGGACAGACCACGGAGGAGGAGCUGUUCGGUAACCAACAGACAUCGCCAGCCUUUGACGAGUUCUUGGAUGUGUUAGGACAGAGGAUAAGGUUGAAGGAUCACAAGGGGUACAGAGGUGGUUUGGAUAUCCAGAAUGGUCAUACGGGCGAUACAGCUGUCUAUGAGGUAUUCAAGGAGCGCGAGAUCAUGUUCCAUGUGUCCACCUUGUUGCCGCACACCGAGGGCGAUCCCCAGCAACUGCAGAGGAAACGUCACAUUGGCAACGAUAUUGUGGCCAUCGUUUUCCAGGAGACCAACACUCCCUUCUCACCCGACAUGAUCGCCAGUCACUUUCUGCACGCCUUCAUCGUGGUCCAGCCCAUUGAACCGAACACCCCACAUACCCGGUACAAGGUCAGCGUUACCGCCAGGGAUGAUGUGCCCUUCUUUGGUCCCACUCUGCCGAAUCCCGCAGUUUUUCGCAAGGGUCAGGAGUUUAAGGAGUUCAUCUUGACCAAGCUGAUCAAUGCGGAGAACGCGUGCUACAAGGCUGAAAAGUUUGCGAAAUUGGAACAGCGUACCAGGACCUCUCUGCUACAGAAUUUAUGCGAGGAGCUGCGCGAGAAGACCCGCGACUUCCUGGGCACCGAUUUUGCCCAGGUGACGGCCGGAAGUCCCACACCCGAGACUCCAAAGGCGGAAAGUGGUGGCGGCGGCAAUGCCGGCUCUCGUUUUAUCGAUACGGUGAAGAAGGCUUUAAUCAUGAGGGUGCGUUCCCAGAGCGUGGACACUGGAAAUGGUCAUGGACCCGGACACACGGACAAGUUUAGCGUGAACACCAAGCUGGGCACACUGAAUUCCAAGAAGGAGGCGCAUCCCGAAAUGCAGACACCCAAUCUGAAUACCUGCAGUCGCACGGCCUCAAAGUCCUCAUCCAAAUCCAAGUCCUCGAACGAGUCAACCUCCUCCUCCCCGGACAUCACCUCCCGCCAGGCGAACAACAACAACAGCAACUCCAAUGGCGGACUUCUGCCCCAAAAUGGUUCCGGAGUCGGCGUGGUAGCGGCAGCUGUGAGUGCCGCCCAAAAUGGAGUGGUUGCAGUGGCCACCAUGUCGGAGACGAGCGAUGAUUCCAGUUUGAAUAGCGUUGAUCUGGAUCCGAUGAUGGCGCACUUGGAUGGCGGAGCAACCUACAUAGACAGUGAUACUGGGUUGGAGAGCAUGAGUUCCGCUGAGGCCACCACCAAGGCGUGCUCCUUGUGCUUGGAUGGCGUCCAGUCGACUAUGAUGGGUAGUUCGCCCAGCAAUGAGACGAUCGUGAAGAUCGAGAACCUGCGCCAGGAGGUAACGCGGUUGAAGUGCGACAAGCUGGAUCUACUCAGGCAGAAUGUGACUUGCCAGCGCGACAUCAAGCGACUUCGGGAGCGGGAACUCUCCCUGCAAGGCGAUCUAUCAGCUGCUGGAAGGGAGAUCCUGCGACUACGGGAUCUUCUCAAGGAGUACAUGCCCGAUAAUACAACUUCACCACCCAUCUCCAUUUCGCCCAUCUAAGCGUAAAACGCAAACCUUUGAUAACCGAACUGGACGAGGCAGGAAGGCUGGAUAAGGAGUGACCACUGUGCCGUGUAUAACACUUUGGAGAAAUGGAACCGAGGAAUCGUUUGGAGAGUUGAAUAGCAGACAGAUGGCGUAGCCCCCGAAAAAAAGAAAAAGAAACCCCAAACAAAAACAAAAACUGUAUUAUAUUUAGUUAACGUAGCUGUAGAUGUAGAUCCAGAGAGAUCGGACAGGUUGCAGCAGGCAUGCGCAUGGACAAGUUAUUAUAUAAACUACAUACAAACAGUUACAAACUAAACUAAAAACAAAGCGAUUAAACAGCAAAUGAAAACAGAACACAAAACUCAAAAAAGUACACCAAAUAUAUAAUAUAAGUCUUUAAGCAUAUUUAACGCAAGAUUAACAAGCCUAAUCCUAACCCUAAAUCAUAAAUCAUAAAACGUAAAGCCCCCCCCCAA